UAAAUUUAAAAAAUUCGAGAGUCGAAAGAAAAAAGUCGACUUCCAUAAACUGAAAGUCGAUCACAAAUUCGACUUUCAGGAGUAAAGUCGAUUUUAGUCGAAAGUCGACUCUUCCAGCCUACUGUGUUAAAUCAAGCAGCUGAUUGUCAACAGGAUUUCCAAUUUGUUUUGCAUAAUAGGAGUUUCGUUAUAAAAAAUAGUAUUUAUCAAAAAUGUCGAAAGCUGCAGGAAAACUUAAAGCCUUGAAAAAAACCGUUGAAAAGAUAACCCAUACCACCAAAUUAAAAACAAAUAUACCAGCUGGAAUGGCCGCCGCCGGCCCUCCGCUGGGUCCAAUGCUCGGUCAGCGAGCCAUAAAUAUUGCUGCAUUUUGCAAAGACUUCAAUACGCGCACGGCAGAUAUGAAGGAGGGUGUUCCACUGCCUUGUCGUGUCUCAGUCAACAGUGAUCGAAGCUACAACUUGGUUAUUCACUCGCCACCGGCCACAUUUUUUUUCAAGCAAGCGGCUGGCAUCCCUCGCGGCGCUAUGCAACCUGGUCGAGAAAUUUCUGGUAUGGUCACUCUGAAACAUCUAUAUGAAAUUGCCGCAAUAAAAAUUAACGAUCCACCCAACGCCUUACUAACUAUGCAGCAAAUGUGUGAAAUGCUCGUUGGUGUCGCCCGUACGUGCGGAAUAAAAAUUGUACGAGAUUUGAACUCAGAAGAGUAUGCGAAAUUUUUAGAGGAACGACAGCUCGUGGUUGAAGCACAAAAACGAGAGUUACAAGAAAAGCGGGAUGCAAAGAUGCUGCGAACUGGUUAAGUGCCCCCCUUAGGCAUAAAUUUGCAUUUAAUAAAUUAAAAUAGUAAAAAAGCUAAGCAAAUCCGA